AGCAUCCCCCAGUGUUGUUCCUGGAACCCCACACCGCCCACACAGCAACCGCCAGGCCAGGGCACCUGCUCGCCACGCACUCCCCUUCUGCCUUGAGCCCGUUGCAGCCCCACCCUGCUCAUCGCUGGUAGGCCGACUUGGGGCGCGGCCUAAUGGGGAAGAAGCGGGCGCCCUUGCAGCUUGGACAGCGGCAGUGGCAGGCGCUGGUCGGCGGCGAGCCCUCGGCGCUGGAGGCACUGCUGCAGGAGCCGGGAAGGGCCACCGACUUGGUGCGCGCGAUCGCCAUUGCGCUACAGCCGGGAGGUACUUUGAACACGGCAGACGCGGGCCUGCGGCUCCAGGUGCUGGGCCUGCUGGAGCAGCGCGCGGUGGAGCUGUGCGGCGACGCGCCCACCGACCUGCUGCGCCAGCUGUAUGAGGUGGUGCGCGACCGUGCGGCGGCGGCGCCUCGGGACGCCCCGCCCACCGCCGCCCGCCUGCAGCUGGCCGCGCUGCACACGCUCACCCAGCUGCUGGUCAAGCUGGACAUGCCGCAGCGGGACGCGCGCCUGGUCAAGGUGCACGUGGAGAUGCUGUUCCGAGUGAUGGAGCGGGGCGGGCCGCACGCGGCGGCGGCGCCCGACCUCUGCCGCGCCGCCGCCACCUGCCUGCGGGUGAUGGAGGAGGGCGCGCCCACGCUGCUGCUGGCCGGCUCCAAGCAGCUGCUGGAGCUGGCGCGGCGGGAGACCAGCGCCGCGGCGGAGAGCUACGCGACGCUGGCGGCGCGAGUGCUGGCGCACGGCGCAGGCGAGCCGCGCUGCCUAGACGGGCAGAGCGGCAGUGGCGAGGAGUCCGGCCGGCCAGAGGAGCAUGCCGAGCAGGCAGCGGCGGCGGCAGGGGUGCGUGCGUGCUGCCAGGCGGGCGCUCCCGCCAUGUCGGCGGUGGCAGAGGAGGAGCAGGAGCCGAGCGCCUUUUCCGUCCUCUCAUCCAUCGACGUCCGCGCCCUGGUGCUCGGCGGCGGCAGCGGCAGCGACAGCGGCUGCGCCACGCCCGCAGGCGCCCGCGACAUCUCGCCGCACGGCACCCUGGACGCCGCGCACGAGGCCAUGACCGCCUUUGCCUCGGGGCGCACAGCCACCUCAUCCGAGGACCUGAGCAGCCCCAAAGAGGUUCCCGGCAGCCCUCGCGGCGUGGCCUCGCUGCUGGGCACAGCCUCGACGUGCGACGACAGCGGGCGCAGCAGCGCGCUGUCGGCGGUGCGCGACGCGGCGGCGCGCGCCCCGCUGAGCCGCCACGCCUCCAUCGCAUCCAGCGAGAUCAGCGGCAGCGUGCAGCUAGACAGCGGCGCCGUGCAGCCGCUGCUGUCGCCCGCCAGCCCCGGCCUGCGCCACUACCGCGUGCCGCAGCACCUCCACUGGCCCGACGCGCUGGGCCAGGACGCGGUGUGCGUGUGCCUUGCGCCCGAGGCGCUGCCCGACCUGCGCCAGGCCUGCCUGGAGUUCCUGGCGGCGCUGCCGCUGCUGAGCGUGGAGGGGGUGGCGUGCGUGACGGCGGCGCUGCCCCCCAUCAUGCGCCUGGCCCAGCUGCCGGCGGAGCAGCUGCAGGCGGAGCUGGAUGGGCUGCUGCACUCGGGGCGCACCCUCAUGCUGCAGGCCGUGCUGCGCCUCUACUCCGAGGUGCCCGAGGGGUUUGGCGAGUGGCAGUGCCGCCUGGUGGACUCUGUGCUGAUGAUGGUCAAUGGGCCCACCCCAACCGAGCACCGCGUGGUCGCCGCCACCUGGUGCCUGGUGCAGCACCACGCGCAGAUGCACGGCCGCCAGCCCAGUCUGUUUGCGGGCAACUGGCGCCAGCUGCUGCCGCGCCCCGACGACCCGCCCCAGCUGCUGUCGCUCAAGGUCAAGGCGCUGUCGGCGUGCCUGGCGGUGGGCAUCGGCCGCCCCGAGGAGAUCUGCCCCAUGCUGUUUGCCUGGGACGGCUUCUGGCAGCGCGCGCCCAGCGACCAGCAGCAGCGGCUGGCCACAUACGCGCUGCGCAUGCUGGGCUCCGCCGCCGUCAGCUACGGCGCGGCGCCGCCGGCGCAGGCGGCCGCCGCGCGGCGCGGCGCCUCGCUGCCCCGCGCCAGCGGCGUGGUGGCCAAGCCCGCGCCCACUCCCCACUACGUCAAGGCCUGCCUCGUGUCGGCCUGCCUCCAGCUGCUGGCCACCCGGCCGCAGUACCUGCCCGCCGUGGAGGCCUUCUUGGCUAACUGCGGCAGCUGCUGCCCCGACAUCCACCUCACGCUGCUCAACGCCGUCGACGCCCUGCUGUCGGCCGCAGCCACCGGCACCUUUGCCAGCCUGCAGCCGCGGCCUGGCGGCGCCGCGCCGCACAGGCUCCGCGGCUCGCCCGGGGGCGGGGGCAGCCCCCGGGGCAGCCAACGCAGCACGUUUGCCGGCAUGCUGCAGCGGGUGGCAAAGACCGUCUCCAAGAAGCUGUCGCCAGGGGGGUCCCCUGGCGAGCCCGGCAGCCCGCAGCAGCAGGCAAAGGGGGCGGCGCGGGCGCCCCGUGAGCUGCCUGCGGCCGCGGAGGCGUCGCCUUACCGCCUGGCGUCGCCGUACUGCCUGGCGGCGCCGCAGCCGCCCUGCACGCUGCAGAGCUGGGAGGAGGCGGAGGCGUGGCUGUGGGACUCGCGCACCUGGGCUGCCCUCAGCGCCAACAUGCUGGCGCACGACCCCAUGGCAUACCGCUCCCUGCUGCUGCGCCUGGCGCAGAGCGGCGGCGCGGUGCUUCCCAUGGGCACGCUGCGCCUGCUGGCGGCCUACGCCACCCAGUACCAAGGGGAGCAGCCUGGGCAUGAGCUGCCCGCCAAGGAGGCCGGAAACUGUGUCCUGGCCAUCUGCCAGGCAGCCGCCAUGACGCACCUCCUCAUCGGCCCCGCCGGCGCGGCCCCCGCCUCGGCGCGCAAGCAGGCCGCCGCCGCGCUGGCCGGGCGUGGCCGCACGCCCACGCGUGCCGGGGAGGAGGCCAGCGUGCACAGCGUGCACAGCGUGCAGCAGCCGCGUGGCGCCAGCCCGGGCACCGCCAGCGCCGACGGCACCGCCACGCCGCAGUGGACGGUGCAGCAGGAGGAGGUGGCGGCGGCGAUGCAGGCGGUGCUGGCCGCUCUCACCUCCCACUCGCCGGCGGAGAGCGUGCGGCGCCGCGCCCAGGGCUUCCUGGACCUGUUGGCUAACCCGUGUGCUUGGGACCUGCGCCUGCGCAUGGGGACUAUGGCUAAGAUGCUGGGCGGCUACUUCAGCGAUGCGGUGUCUAUGGCCAACUACCUCUGA